CCGAUUACGUAUUAUCGCGCUUUAAUAUUAUCCGAAACUGUUGAGUCUCUCGAGCUCCAUUCGCCAAUCGAGCUCCGCUCAAAGCAGUCGCAUUUUCAAUCGAACAUAGUAACGAAAGAACAGCAACGUACUUUAUUACGAAAAAGAGAACAAAAUACAUUCGGGUGACCGCCGAUAUUUAUCGAGAGUCAAUUUUAAUAAUCCAAGUGUAAAUCUCAUUUCAAAGUAUGAAGUGCGGAAGAAUUUCGUGGACAUGGUUAUUCUUUCUAUCUUUAACAAGCUUUUACGUGUCAAUACAAGCGACCGCGCUAGACCCGAUGACCACGAGGAAGAUACUUCCAGUGUACGCGGUUUUGGAAAAUGCUGAUCUUCUAAAUUCCAGCAGAUGUCGGACGCAGAUAGGUGAAUUUCGAAAUGCAGUGGAUAACCAGAUACUUUGGGCUCUAAGAGUGUUGGAUACCAGUGGCGUACCAUCCGAAGGAUUUGUCAUCGGGAACAAUCAUUGGUUAGGAAACCGACAAGGUUGCAAGCUUUUCUCUGAAAAUCGCACGGCACUUCUAUCGGAGAAAAUACGAAAGAACAAUUCGAUAUACCGGAACCCGAAUGAAGAAUAUUCACCUUUUGAGUUUCGUUUUUUUAUUGCACGUGCACGGCACAACAGCACUGUGCAAUAUCAUGUAGAAGUAGAAGACGAAGAUUUGAUCACGCUUGGACUUUGCUUACCGGCAUCCUGCAGCAUUGAGGAUGUUGCCACUAUGAUAGAUAAAGUAUUUCGUAAUGAAACACUUUUCAUUGGAAAACUUUUUAAUAUACACUUCAAGCUCAUCGAAAUCUCCGAUUCGGUGGACGAUCAUCAAUGGCUAUUCUCUGCGAAAAUGAUCUCCAUCAUGUACGUAAACUUCAAGCUCGUAAUUGAAAACACGAAUUUUUGUCUAGCCAGAUAUGUAAUACAUACGUCGGAAUCUGCAUCCGAUAAAAUACCAACUACGAACUUUAAAAUUCCGAUUACAGAGCAGUUUUGCUAUCGCUGUGUGCCACCGUAA